GCAAGAUUCCUCUUGCGGCGACACUGUGCUCCUCGGUUCCUCCUCCUGCGACGACGUUCUCAACACAAAACCCCAGAUCGGUGAUUUUGAAUCGAAUUAUAAUUAUCGAGGCAUUUGGGGUUGAGCUAAAGGAGGGCAAAAAGAGUCUUCUGGUCCCACACCUUGACUCUUGCGGUUUCUCUCUGUGUGCGUGCUCCCUGGACCCCAUCUUGCUGUUUGUCGUCCUACUGCUGCCUUGCCUUCAGGCCUUCUCCUUUCAAGUGCCUUUCAGGAGCUGAACCAAACACAAGCUGACAGUCUCAAACCCCAUCCUUGGACUUUUGCCAGCCCCUUUGUUCAUUUGUUAUUGUUGUUUCCUUCCCUCCCAUGUGGUAAAUCAUGCUACCACAAUUUUUUAUGUUCCCCACUUUUUUGUUUCUUUGAUGAAAGAUGUUUCCCUGUUAAAUCUCAUUCUUGAACCUUUUUUUUUUUGAGAUCUUUUGUGCGUGAUUGAACAUGUUCAAUUUGAGGGAAAUUCAUGUAGAAACCACCAGGGGUCCAAAACCAUCAUUUUUCUUCUUCCCGUUGCAUGCAUGGCAUCAGCAUCACACGCAGAGCAACAUUCUUCCUCCUUAUGGCCUCUUCUUCUGGAGUGGGUGGCUUCUCAGUUCUUGGCAUGUUAUGUUGGCAUCACUUCCUUUGAAUCUUUGAUCCAAGCUGCUUGCUGCUUCAAAAGUAUAACAAUGACCAGAAGACCUAGAAGGCAUAGCCAACGUUUGAAAGCUCAACCUUUGACAUUCUCCCGGUUUGCUCGUUCAGUAGCCCGAUUGGCCUCUACUUCCAAAACUGAUAAAAAAUCUGGUCCAAGCUUCACAGGCAAUAGGUUUGCUAAGCACACUUUGGAAGAGAAGACAGAGCAAUCUGAGUCAUCCAGUGAAGAGUUUGAAGAUGUUGUCCAAGCAGAUUUUUCCUUCUUUGAUCCCAAACCUGGUGACUUUCAUGGGGUAAAGAACUUGCUUCAAACUUACCUGGAUGAUAAACAAUGGGAUUUGAGUGGCUUUGUAGACUUAAUCUUGGGACAGGCCACAGUGGGCACUGUUGUAAAAGUGGAAGAUGAUGAGGAUGAGGGGCUUUUUGCUGUUGUGACUGCUCUGAAUUUAUGGAGAUACAGGGAGCAAAAAUGUAUUGUGGAGCUAAAGGAUUUCCUGCUUAAAGAAUGCAAAGAAGAAGGCACAUUUGAUCAAUUGAAACUUAUUUUGGGGGAACAAGCACAUGAUGUUGGUCUUCUGGUGUCCCAGCGUGUAGUGAAUCUUCCUCUGCAGCUUUUGCCACAUCUUUAUGAUGCCCUUUUUGAUGAAGUGUCAUGGGCGACUGAAGAUGAGCCAACAGAGGAGCUUCGAAAUUCCUUCAAGUUCACGCAUUAUAUAAUAUAUAGUAAAAUUUACAAGCAUAAGAAUGCAGAGCAGAAUAGAAAACUGAACAAUGAUGAUGACGACGCAAUAAUAUAUGUAAAGCCCGAGGACGAACUUUUUCACAAGUUGAGCUCCUGGUUUUUCUGUUUUCCGUUGCGAACUUCCCAGCCUGAAACUCGUGAGCUAAAGACUUACAGGUCAAUGGGAUUAGUCAUGGCCGUUGAAGUGGACAAAAUUCCCACAUUUCGGCAAGAAUUACGUUCUCUAAUAAGUGAACCCUGAUGCGACGGAUUUUGAUCAAUGCCGUCAAACUUCUGAUUCAUUCUGAUCUGAUCAAGGUGCCAAAUUUUAAUACAUUUUUGGUCAUGGGUGUUGAGGCGCUUUUAAGAACGUACUUUUCUACAUUAGCCUGAUGUAUUUAAAAUUUUGCUCACAGAGAAACGGGCCUAAAUUGAUAAAUUGAUUUCAUCCCUUGAGUUUAUGGCCGUUUUUGUUCUCGCGGUGCCUAUCGACCAGAUAUUUGUGGACAAUAUCUUCCGGUUUUCACCCUUGAAUGCUUAGCGAAACAUGUUAGUAUGUUCUACGGCUACAAGAAAACAUUUAUUUGCAUUGAGCAAACUGAUGAAGAUACGAUUCUGUCAAUAAGUUGAUGAAAUUGAAUACUGGAUGUGGAUUAAAGAAACUUUAUAAUCGCGCAGACCACUUUCUAGAUUUUUCACGCGUGAAUGUGGUUUGUUUAUUACUAUGGGAGACAUUUUCUAU